ACUAAGAUGAAAAUGGAAGGACUGCCUCUUCAUCUAUGCCAUUUUAAGCAUUUCAGUCUGCACCCUGUAUUCUUCCUGCGCUUCCUCUUUCUUUUCUUCAUAAUAUUCAUACCAUGCCUCGCUUCUUUACCUCAAGCUUGUCCAGAACCCUUCGAAUGUGGGGGUCAUUUAUUCCAAUAUCCCUUCGGAACAAAGAGCAGCGGUUGCGGUGACCCUGCUUUUCGGCUGGACUGUGAUGAUAAAGUGAAGAUGCCUCUAAUUAACAUCAGUGGUUACCAAUACUAUAUACGGGAACCUCUUGGCUACCAGAAAGAAUUUCCAAUCAAUUCAAUGCAAAUAGUUGAUAGAAAUAUGUGGGGAGAUGCUUGUAACCUGUCGACCAGUAACCAUACAAUGGAAUUAUUGUCUAGCCCACAGUUGCGAAUUUCUGAUGAUUACAUGAAUAUAAGUCUAUGGGGAGAGUGCACAGAAGAGAUCAGAGAGUACCCGCACGCUCAAGAGUAUGAUUUAGAAUGUAAUAAGAGUUGGUACUAUUCACACUUGACUUUGAGUAAGUAUUGUAAGUUAUUAGUGCAUCGACCUGUUAAAAAAAUCGACACAGCUAAUCUACCGUUCCUUCCAAGUAUAAAGGAUGGGAUCAGAGUAAUAUGGAAUUUCAGCGAAGGCUGUGAGCAUUGCGACCCAAGGAGAAAGGAUUGUAUUUCCGACACCAAAAAUCCGACGCAAUUGAAUUGCAAUUCGUCGAAUCCCGGUGGGUGUAACACUUCUAAUAAGACUGUUAUUGCUCUUGGUAGCUCUAUCGGGGGAGCUGCACUUAUCUUAGCACUAGCAGUGCCUUAUAUUUUGUAUGUCAAGAGAAGAAAAAGGCCUCAUAACCGCGGGCUUGGUGAUGAUUACAGUAACUAUCAGCGAAGCGACAUGGAAGCAGGUCUCGUAAUGUAUAUGAUGGGCAAUUUGCCCAUGUUUCCUUAUGAAGAACUACAGCAAGCGACAAAUUUCUUCGACGAGAAGAACGAACUUGGAGAUGGAGGGUUUGGCGUGGUAUACCUGGGUAAACUUAAGGAUGGACGAGCUGUAGCAGUGAAGAGGCUUUAUCAGGAUAGAUCCAGAACAGUUGAACAAUUUAUGAACGAGGUCCAAAUACUGUCAUCCCUGUGUCAUCCAAAUCUUGUUCGUCUCUAUGGCUGUACGAGCCCACAGAGUCCAAUGCUACUGCUUGUUUACGAGUUUGUGCCAAAUGGGACCUUGUUUGAUCACCCUCAUGGCAGCCGAAGAGCUCCCGGAGGCUUGCCUUGGGUAACUCGUUUAGAUAUAGCCAUAGAAACUGCUCAGGCCUUGGCGUAUCUCCACAACAUCUGUCCACCCAUAUUGCACAGAGAUGUUAAAUCUGACAACAUUUUACGCGACGAACAUUUUAGAGCAAAAGUUGCAGAUUUUGGGCUUUCUAGGUUAUUGCCUGUGAAUGUGUCACACGUCACAACUGCCCCGCAAGGUACACCUGGGUAUGUUGACCCAGAGUACCAUGAAUGCUUCCAGCUCACUGAGAAGUCUGAUGUGUACAGCUUUGGGGUUGUUUUGGUGGAGAUCAUCUCUGCCAAAGUCGCAGUGGAUAUUAUGCGAAAUAGAAAUGAAAUCAGCCUUGCUAAUAUGGCCACAGACAAGAUCAAAAGAGGUGUUUUGGAUGAACUGGUCGAUCCAGAAUUGAAGAUUGAAAGAAAUCAGGAAGUGAAGGUCACUGUUGCUGCAGUUGCCGAAUUGGCGUUUGAGUGCCUUGCCAUAGAAAGGGAUUUUAGACCAACCAUGAAAGAAGUAGUCGCCCGUCUCACAGAAAUCAAGGAGAUGCUGCAGGAAAGCUCAGAAUCUUCAACCUCAAUAAGCAGCACGCCAACAUCUUCGUUAACUUCACUGCAGGAAAACUGGCCCGGCGUAGCUUCGGAUUAAAGUGCAUCUCUGAUUUCGUUUUAGAAAUUUUGUAUUUACUGUUAGCUUAACGGUUUAAAGUGCCAAUGUAUAGUUACAUUUUAAUGUUGUCAUUAUUUCUGAUAAAUAUCCUAACUAGUUUUCAA